UCAGGAGGAACAAAGUGAAGGGUUCAAUCUCUCUCUUCUCAUCUCUGAGCACACACAACUCUACAGAAACCCUAAUAGCUGCCUGCAAUCAAUCUCCUCCCCCACCCCGUUCGAAUCGAGUUUACUGAGAGAGAGAGUGGGAGGCUGCCUACUAUGGCCUUCAAGCAUGUAUUGGCCGCAGCCCGCCGGUCCCGCCGCGCUUUUUCAUCCUCUUAUCUUUACCAGACCGUCCGAUCCGCAUCCACCUCCCCGGCUGUUGCCACUUCUGCUGCCCCACCCUCUCCUCCGCCCCCCAAUGCCAUGAUAUACGACCGCCUGGCCGAGGCAGUGAAGUCCAAGCUGAAGCAGCUCGAGAACCCGGAUCCGAGGUUCCUCAAGUACGGCUCCCCCCACCCGGCCCUCGUGGACCACACCCGUAUCCUCUCCGCCCCAGAGACCCGCGUCACCACCCUCCCCAAUGGACUCCGUGUGGCCACUGAGUCGAACCUUGCUGCCCGCACAGCAACUGUUGGUGUCUGGAUCGACGCUGGCUCUCGUUUUGAGACCGAUGACACCAAUGGCACUGCUCACUUUCUCGAGCACAUGAUCUUCAAAGGUACUGAGCGGAGAAGCGCAAGGGAACUAGAGGAGGAAAUAGAGAACAUGGGAGGCCAUUUGAAUGCUUACACUUCGAGGGAGCAGACGACUUACUAUGCGAAAGUGAUGGACAAGGAUGUGAACAAGGCGCUUGACAUUUUAGCCGAUAUAUUGCAGAACUCCAGGUUCGAUGAGAGUCGCAUUAACCGCGAGCGCGAUGUCAUUCUCCGUGAAAUGGAGGAGGUUGAAGGACAGACUGAAGAGGUCAUCUUUGACCAUUUGCAUGCAACUGCCUUUCAGUAUACUCCUUUAGGCAGAACUAUUCUUGGACCAGCUCAGAACAUCAAGACAAUCACCAAGGCGCAUCUUCAGAACUACAUACACACACACUAUACAGCUCCAAGGAUGGUGAUUGCUGCUUCCGGAGCUGUUAAGCAUGAGGAUAUUGUUGAGCAAGUAAAGAAGUUGUUUACCAAACUAUCAUCAGAUCCAAUCACUGCAUCUCAAUUAGUUGCAAAAGAACCAGCAGUUUUUACUGGUUCUGAGGUUAGGAUUAUUGAUGAUGACAUUCCUUUAGCCCAAUUUGCUGUAGCGUUCAAUGGAGCAUCUUGGACAGAUCCGGAUUCCAUUGCUCUCAUGGUGAUGCAAGCCAUGCUCGGCUCAUGGAAUAAAAAUGCCGGAGGUGGAAAGCAUAUGGGCUCUGAGCUGGCACAGCGGGUUGGCAUUAAUGAAGUGGCAGAGAGUAUGAUGGCUUUCAAUACCAACUAUAAGGACACUGGUCUGUUUGGUGUUUAUGCUGUUGCUAAGCCUGAUUGUUUGGAUGAUUUGGCAUAUGCGAUCAUGUACGAGACGACCAAAUUGGCUUAUCGUGUUUCAGAAGCUGAUGUGACUCGUGCACGGAAUCAGUUGAAAUCCUCCCUUCUGCUUCAUAUUGAUGGCACAAGCCCUGUGGCUGAAGAUAUUGGGCGCCAGCUGCUGACUUAUGGCCGGAGAAUACCGUUUGCCGAACUGUUUGCUAGGAUUGAUGCUGUUGAUGCGAGUACCAUCAAACGCGUUGCAAACCGAUUUAUCUAUGACAGGGAUAUUGCCAUAGCUGCCAUGGGCCCAAUCCAGGGCUUGCCUGAUUACAAUUGGUUCAGGCGCAGGACCUACUGGAACAGAUACUAGGACAAACACCCUCUUCUCGUCAUGUCUUUUCCCCUCGUUGGCAUUGGCAUUCCAGCGUUGGUUUCUCAAGCAAUUUCUGCUCGAUUCAUUUUUUUUUCCCUUGCAAUUCUGAAAGAGUUAAAUAUUGCCUGGGAGCUGGUUGCUGCUGCCUGCUAGUUCCUUCGGGUAAAAAGUUGCAGGAAAAAAAAAGGUUAUAUAUAUGACGGAAUGUCGGAUUUUGUUCCUUUGUAUCAUUUGGCUCUCGAUUUGAAAAUAAGUUACAUAUGCUGUAUCCCGGGAGGCGACUGCUUUGCCACACUACUCUUUUGACUGUGAUUCGGUCUCAUUUUCCAUGGAAAACCUAUCAUGGCUUCGGACUGAGUUAUGCAUUAUUUCUUGUUCAGAAUC